AUGGUGAACCUGGUUGCAGCUCAAAAGCCAUUGUUGCAUGGCCUAAUGAAAAUGGCCGGUAUUCGACUUCACACAAUCGAGAUCGAACCAGGCACGGUUAUGAGCAUUUGGGUCCCCUCUGAAACAAUCCAAAAGCCAAAAAAAUCUAAAUCCACUGAGGCCGCCGUCACCACUGCCAAACCAACAAAACCCGUAGUGGUACUAGUCCACGGCUUUGCGGCCGAGGGCAUUGUCACCUGGCAAUUCCAGGUGGGUUCAUUGACAAAAAAGUACUCAGUUUACGUGCCGGACCUACUCUUCUUCGGCGGUUCAAGCACUGACAGCUCCGACAGGUCGCCGAGGUUUCAGGCGGAGUGUCUGGCCAAGGGGCUGAGGAAGUUGGAGAUUAAGAAGUGCACGGUGGUUGGAUUUAGCUACGGCGGUAUGGUUGCGUUUAAGAUGGCGGAAUUGUAUCCUGAUUUGGUGGAGGCACUGGUGAUUUCUGGUUCAAUUCUGGCUAUGACGGACUCCAUUAGCCAUGCAACACUUAGCAGCCUUGGGUUUAAUUCAUCGGCGGAGCUUUUGUUGCCGACCACCGUUAAGGGCUGCCGGGCACUUCUCAAAGUUGCAGCUUAUAAGAAGCUUUGGUUCCCUGAUCGGCUUCAUAAGGACUUUAUUGAGGUGAUGUUCAACAACAGAAAAGAAAGGGGAGAAUUGCUGGAAGGUCUUGUGGUUAGCAACAAAGAUACUAACAUCCCAGAUUUUCCUCAGAGGAUACAUCUUCUUUGGGGUAAGAAUGAUCAGAUUUUCAAGCUGGAACUUGCUCAGAAGAUGAAAGAGCAGCUCGGAGACAAUGCUACAGUUGAAGGCAUAGAGAAAGCAGGUCAUUUGGUUCACCUAGAACGACCGUGCGUCUUUAAUAGGCGUCUCAACAAAUUUCUUGCUUCCUUCCACGAACAUGCAAAUCAAGCCAAACAUGAAGUUUAA